AUGCAGUUCACAACUCCAUCGAGCAGAAACCCAAAAAAUAAGGAGAUCUUCCUGCCCUCUCAGUAUGUAGUACUCUCCAAGGAAGCCAGACCUAAGCAACCUUAUAUAGAUGAGAUUGUCAAGGCGUUGCAGGCCGAAAAAGAUUCAGGUGAUAUAAUUUUAUUUCCUCCUAACGACGGCGAGAUAACUGAUGAAGACAGUGGUGAUGAAAACGAAGCUAAUAUCCAUCAUCUUUCUAAUCGCAUGCUUCGAUCUCAAGUUGAGUCACAGAAUCGCAAUUCCGUAUCUGGAGAAAAUUUGGACGAGGAAGAAAAAGAAUCCAUGCCUGCCCGAAAGAAACCGAAGAAAAAAUAA